AUUCAACAAGAAACAACAUUUUUUAACAAGAAAUUAGCAAACAAUAAGCAUGAAUUGCUCAGUAAUGCAUAAUUAGAGAACAGAAUGUUGGUGAAUGAGGGUGUGUGUGUUUUAGGGUUGAUAUGACAGAUAGAGUAAUAUUGAUGGCAAUUAAUGAACUCUGAAUCAGGAAUCGUCGUCCUGUGGGUGAUGAUUGCUCUGGAUCAGUCUGGGUUUAGUCAGCCAGCGAGGUAAUAAUUAUUAUAAUAAUUUAAGAACAAAGUAGAGUAAAGAAAAGUAAUGUGACGCAGAAAGAAAGUGAAACAAGUUUGAAGAUAGAAGGGACUUGAAUUCAACUAGGGCAGAGCUCUGUAAACUUGGUCCUUAAGAGCCACUGUCCUGCUGGUUUUCCACCUCUCCCUGCCCCAGCUAAUAGUGACCACCUUGAGCAGGUGUGUUCAUUCAAUCAGUAGCUGACUGACACACCUGAACAACGUAAUCAGCAGGGAGAGUUAGAAAACCAGCAGGACGGGCUCCGCGGACCAGGGUUGCAGACCCCUGAACUAGGGUGUCACGGGGUAAAUACCCAAGGGAAGUGGUCACUUUGGGAGAGGAGGAUGGACCUAUCCAGUUGUGGAGAGUGUUCCGCCUCUUCAGCUGGUGUAUCAAACUAUUUGAUUUGGACUAAUUCAAAAUUUGAGUUAAUUAUACUCUUCUCCUCUGAUCAAGCUCAAAGUUCCAUCACACCAUAACACAAUACACAUGAAACAAUCACUUUGGCACUCAAAUAAGCAGAGAAAUCAGAAUGGUUAAACAACAAAAAUAAAUGCAUAUAUUAUUAAGGCUUUAUACGUGAUCCUUUAAAACGCUGUAACAAAUGAAAUGUUAUUCCAUGAUGAAUGGUCUUGUCACUGUGUAACGCUAAGUAAACAAUGAAACGAUACACAAAAAAUAAUUGCAGGCAACAUCAAAUUAUGAAUGGCUUAAACUAAAUAUUACUAAUUAAACUACUUUAAAUGCACCACAAUCAUGACAUUUUGUAAUUUACCUGGUGUACCUAGACUAUAUGCAUGGUGCACAGAUUAAAAGAAGAAGGUGAGUAUCUCUAUUUCAACUUUAUAGGUUCACACAAAGGAAAGCAUGGUAAUAAGUUUGUUGUUUUUGAAACUACUUCAUUGGAGGUGUCAAUGGUCGUCUUUUAAACAACUGUCAAGACAGUGGUCUUCCCCAAGAUUGUGUAGCCUACAGAACUAAUAUGCUGAAUUUAGGGUUUUCAUUAGUUGUCAGAUAUAAUCAUCACAAUUGAAUAAACAUUUGAAAUAUUUCAAAUCUGUGUGUAAUGAAUGAAUAUAAUAUAUAAUUUUCACUUUUUGAAUGUGAUUUGUGAAAUAAAUUUUUGAUGAUAUUCUAAUUAUACAGUAGCUGACUGAUUUCAGCGGGGUUUCAGCAGGACUUCAGUGUGGUCCCACUAAUCCCCAUGCAAGGGCCAUGAUCCCCCACUGUGACAUAGUCAAUGAGUAGCUGCCUUGGUAACGCCCCCUAAGCCUAAGAAAUGUAUAGCAAUGGUGCAUUGACCCACCAGGUGGAGCAGUGAUGUCUAAUCCAGGCAAAUACAGUAGAUAUACUCUCAGACUGACUUUUUUGUGUGUAUAUAUAUGUAUAUAUGCGUAAACUAAAAGAGUUCAUUAUAUGUUUUCCUCUUUCAGAGCAACUGUGUUGAGACCAAGGCAUAAAGGAAUUAAGCUCAGACUGAACACCGUGACAUCUAACACUGAGUGUAUUAGGGUCAGGAUUGGCAGGGUUACUUCCUCUGCACUCAGGCCUUCUUCACAUCGCUGGAGUAUUGUGCCUUCAUGCCAUUGUUCACUGUCUCCACCUGGAUUACUCACCAACACUAGAUAUGCCUCCUCUCCACCGUCCUCUCCUGCUGCUGUGUACAUAAGUUCAGCCCGUCUUGUACAUGUUUUUUUUGCAUAUCCAUAGCUGAUCCAGGUAUUGUCCCUGUUUAUCUGGUACCUGUAGCUCAUUCUAACAUUUUAUACUGACCUUGCGUGUUUUGCGUUCUCCGCAUCCAGCAUUGGUGGAGUCAGAUCAAACCUCUAAAUUAAUACUCACCUCAUCUUCUUUUGCUCUCUUUCUGUCUCACACACAUAAACAAUGAUUAUUUCUGUAAUUUUAUACUACAUUGACCAAGAAAUUGAUAACAACAAUUAUCUAUCUAGCUUACAAUUAAAAAUUUUAUAUUUCUUGGUACAAUAGAGGAAGUAACACACUACAACACUAUGAGAGAUAAAGAAGACCUGUUAAUCAAACACUGUUUUGUCCAUGAACAAUGAUUUAAAAAACAAUGGCCCUGUCUAUGCAAUUAUUUUUCAGUUGGUGCCGUCCCACUUUAGUGUCCUGUUUCAGUGACCUGGUGAAACCUACCUCAGGGCAUUACAGGGUCAUGUGGUAGAUCAAUCACUGUAGUCCUAGUUUUUCCCAGCAAUACAGUAGUGUCAGCUAUACUGAACAUUGUGCAGUCUUUGACAGGGAUGACUGUUAAGGCAUCGUUUGUCCGUAAUGACUUUACGCUGAGGCACAAGAAAAGGAUCUCAAAGAAUGUUUUUUCUUUUUCAUGUUAUGAAGAAAUAUUGUUUUCUACUAUUUUCCUUAAUUCACUGACCAGUCAAAAUAACUGGACACAAAAUGGGGGAUUGGAACCUAUUAGGCAGUAUUUUAGAAGAGGUCCACAUUCAUUCUACUAUUGUGGGGAAGAUCUGGCUUACCAUUCUCUUCAUUUUUCGGAUGCUUGUUCUUGGUGUCGCAGCUGAGGAUGUCUGGGAUGAUGAACAGAGUGAGUUUGUUUGCAACACAGAGCAACCGGGCUGCAAGAACGUUUGCUACGACCUGGCUUUCCCCAUUUCUCUCAUUCGCUAUUGGGUCCUUCAGAUCAUCUUUGUGUCUUCCCCAUCUCUGGUGUACAUGGGGCAUGCCUUGUACCAUUUGAGGACUCUUGAGAAAAAAAGACAUAGAAAAAAAGUUUGCCUGAAAGCUGAGCUGGAGGGGAUAGACCCUGUGCAAGAAGACCAUAAAAAAAUUGAGCGAGAGCUUAGGAAACUAGAUGAGAAAAAGAAAGUAAGAAAAGCUCCUCUCAGAGGCUCUUUGUUGCGCACGUAUGUUUUCCAUAUCUUGACCAGAUCUGUUGUAGAAGUGGGUUUUAUUAUAGGCCAGUGUGCUCUUUACGGCAUUGGACUGUCUCCUCUUUACAAAUGUGAGAGGUUGCCAUGCCCCAAUAGUGUUGAUUGUUUUGUGUCACGACCCACAGAGAAGAACAUUUUUAUGGUCUUUAUGUUAGUUAUUUCUGGAGUUUCUCUAGUCCUCAACCUUCUGGAGAUCUUCCAUCUUGGAGUGAAGAAAAUUCAACACAGCUUGUAUGAAUACAACUAUGGAGAUGAUGACAGUGUGUACAGGUCAAAGAAAAACUCCAUAGUGCAGCAGAUUUGUGUUCUCACCAACUCCUCGCCACAGAGGUUGAUGCAGCUCACACAGACAACUUGCUCUGUUGUGUCUAAUGCUUGUGGAGAGACUAUGCCUUUGAAGUUUUAUUCAGUGGUUCUUCAGAAUCAGCAGUCCAAGGAAAGCCAAGCUGACACCCAGGGGCUGGAGGAUCUGGGAGCUGUAGAACAACAAUUCACUUUGAACAACAUGAAGCCCUUGUAUAGCAGUGACGAAUCAAAUGGACCUCUCGGCUCAUGUCAGCGUCUUUACACAGAACCUCGAGCCACACUGAGAACUAGCAACAUUGAAAUCCCAGCAGCCCUUAGGAAGCAAAGCAAGCUGAAUGUUUGUAAAGAUCCAGGUGACACGAGUGAUUCUCCAGAGAGUGAUCACUACCCAACAGGCAGAAAGUACAGCUUUAUGUCCAGAGGACUGUCAGAGGUAAAGCUGGCAACUCUGUCUGACAGCACUCAAUCUCACAGUGGGACAGACACUGAGGCCCAGCAUCUUAGCCAGGGAGACAGUCCAGUGAUGACCCCACCACCUCCAGCUGCUGGAAGGAGGAUGUCCAUGAGCGUACUUCUGGAGCUGUCUUCAAUCAUGAAAAAGUAAAUUACUAAAGACUGUAUUGAGACCAGGGCAUAAAGAAGUUAAGCUCAGACUAAAAACCCUGCUUGCCAUGUAAAUCUUGUUUUUUCUAU